AGUACCAGACUGUCGAGAGAUUUUACUGUAGUUUCUUUCUUUUUUUGUCAAACGCGCUAUCUGUCAAGCAAUUAAAAAGAGAAACAUAUGUAUAUGUAAAGGAGUGUGAGAUCAGUCAUCCUGCAUUCGUAUGAUCGGUUAAUCGCACAAGAUUUAAUAUUGUAUUUAUACUAUUGGUCGUUGGAUACUAUCGCAAAUAAUUUUGUGUAUUUUGAUUAUGGAGAGAAAAUUACUUAAUUCUGCAGCUGAUAAACCACCUCCUUAUUCUUCUUCAACUGCGCCAACGGAAAAUGCUUCAUGGCAACCACCUCCUGGAUAUUAUCCUAGUACAGUGAUCACGUCGAAUCAGGACAAUCAUGUGCCAUCCUAUGGUGCUAUUCAAUCUACUACGAUUUUAGUACCAGAAAUUAUUCUUGUUGGAGGUUGUCCAGCAUGUAGAGUAGGGAUUAUGGAAGAUGAUUAUACAUGCUUGGGUCUACUAUGCGCCAUUUUAUUCUUUCCAAUUGGAAUAAUAUGUUGUCUUUUAUUAAAGACACGUCGUUGUUCUAAUUGUGGUGCAUAUUUUGGUUAACAAUUUAAUGUUUUAUAUAUAUAUACAUAUAAAUAUAUGUUAUUGUAUUAAAUAUUGUUUAGAAGAAGAACUUUAUGGUUCAUAACAAAGGUAGGCCUAAUAUUAUAGAUAUAUGUGUAGGUUCCUAUGACUUCUAAAGAUGUUUGCUGCAAUUAUUUUAUAGAAAGAAACAACAGUUUUUUAUUAAAAAUAAUGAUAAUAUAAUUAAUAAGAGAAAGAUGAUAACGUUAUAUAUGCCUUUGCAUUCCAAGAAAUAAUUUUGAUUAAUAUAAUGAGUUAUGCAAAUGUAAAGUAGUUUUGAUUGGAAAUCAUAUUUAAGUAGGAGAUAAAAAUAUAAAUUUUAUAUGAAAAGAGAAUAUCUAUCCGUAUACAAUUUUGUUGUUUUUAAUACUUUAGACAAAAUGUAAACUUUGCGCUACCACCUUGAAUCUCUAAAAUUCUUGUUAAGUGAUAGACAUUCAUUUAUAUGUAAUUAAUAUAUGCAAGUAUUCCAUGUUACUUUAUUAUGUAUAAAGUUUCUUUUUGAGCAUUUUGAAAAAAUCUGUAUUGAUAAUAAAAACUAUUAGAUAAUAUUAUUAUUAAUAUAGGGUUAUAACUUGGAAUAAAAAUUAAAUCGUUAUAUUUUUAAACUCACUUGUGAUACAAUAACAAUAGAGUUUAAUUAAUAACGUAACGUAUUAUGCGAGAACGAACGAUAAUUGUUUUGAUAGAUAUUUACCAAAGAUAAAUUUUAUUUUCGCAUUUUUAAAAAUUUAUUUUUGAUGAAAGAACAGAAUUUUGCAAGGCAUUUGUUACUUGAAUAUAGGGAUAAAGUAAAAUAAAAAAGGACAAAAAAAGAUGAGAAAAUAAAACCGAAUAGUAUUCGAAGUCAA